AUGACUAAUGAGUUCACGGUUGCUGUAGCUUGGAAGGUGUCCAGGUUGGUUCCUGCACUACAGGUGGACCUGUGGCAGCCCAGCAGCCCCUUCUACAUCACCGAAGGUACGGUCACCGACGUGCGAGUACCACAGAACACGUCCCGAAGUCUGCUGCUCUACCUCCAACAAGCAAACAUCCAGUACACGAUUCUCAUAUCAGACCUACAGAAAGCAAUAGAAAACCAAACUGGACUGAGGUCACAUCAUAGGAAUCGAAGGUCCCUCUCUGAGUAUAACUAUGAAGUGUAUCACUCCCUGGAAGAAAUCCAGGAUUGGAUGCAUCAUCUGAAUAAAACUCAUUCAGAUCUUGUUCAUAUGUUCUCUGUUGGAAAAUCCUACGAAGGGAGACCACUGUUUGUACUCAAGUUAGGUAAAAGAUCACGGCCCUACAAGAAAGCUGUCUGGAUAGACUGUGGGAUUCAUGCAAGAGAGUGGAUUGGCCCUGCCUUUUGCCAGUGGUUCGUGAAAGAAGCUCUUCAGACAUACCAGACCGAUCCUGCCAUGAGAAAGAUGCUAACUCAGCUGUAUUUCUAUAUCAUGCCUGUAUUUAAUGUGGAUGGAUAUCAUUUUAGCUGGACAAAUGAUCGAUUUUGGAGAAAAACAAGAUCAAAGAACACAAGGUUUCGGUGUCACGGUGUUGAUGCUAAUCGCAACUGGAAAGUGAAAUGGUGUGAUGAAGGUGCUUCAUUUCACCCAUGCGAUGACACCUACUGUGGUCCCUUUCCUGAGUCUGAGCCUGAAGUAAAGGCUGUCGCUCAUUUUCUCCGCAAACAUCGGAAACAAAUAAAAGCCUAUUUGUCCUUCCACGCAUACGCACAGAUGCUGCUGUACCCUUACUCUUACAAAUAUGCAACUAUUCCAAACUUCGGCUGUGUG